ACAACACAUUAUAGAGGUUUUAUUACCAUUAAAAACAACUAGACAACACAUCCAGGAAGGUCUAAUGAAGAUGAAGAUGUUGUUGAGACGAGAUGGAUCGGGUCGGAUGUCGAAGCUACGGUGCUGGGAUUGGUGUAAAGAACAGAGAACACGUGCGUACAUCAUCUGGAGGUGUUUGCUUUUUUUGUUACGGUGGGAUGACUAAUUAAUUAAUGAUCGAACAAGGAUUAGUGAUCAAGAAGCUAAACGACUCGUUAACAUGCUAUGUACAAAGUCUGAGAAAAAUCAAUGGAGAUGAUGGAUUUAUUUGUUUUUUA